AUGUUAAGAAAUAUAUAGUAAAGUGUGGUAAUUUAGCAUUUAUAUAUUUAUAGUAUAACAAAGUCAGAGAUUAUACAAAUCCUUUUAAUUUACUCAUUCCUUGGUUGAAUGCAAUUUUUAAAAAAUUUAUGGGAAAUUUCUUUAAUGAAGAGAUUAAAAAAGAAUAAUUUACAUCAAAUAUGGGGUUAAAGAAGUUGACAUUAAAAGUUAAUUCUCUAAAUUAAUAAAUGGCUCCAAACAUACCAUUUGUAUUGGAAUCUGGAUCAAUUUCUUUAUUAAGAUUGGAUCUACAUAAACUAACAUGUUUAAUAGAAGAAGUGGAAAUAACAUUAAAUUUCAAGACAAUUGAAUAAUAUGAAUAAUUUAAAAUAACUUAUGAUCUAAAAAAAAUUACAGCAGAUAAACUCUAAAAAAUAAAAGAUGAAAUAAUUAAAGCUUAUAAGGUGAAGAGUGAGACUUCAAAUAAUGUAAAUUAGAAUGCUUGGAAUAUAAUUAGAUAAUUUUUAUAGAAAAUUACUUUUACUGUUAAUAAAUUGGUUAUUCAUUUGGUUGAACCAACUCAUAAAGAUAAAUUCUCUUUAGCUAUUAAUUAAAUAAGUAUGAGAGUUCGAAAAUUACAGGAAGAGAAGGAUUAAAUGGUCAGCACCAUGAUUAUUGGUGGAUGUUCAUUACAUAUUAAUGAAUAAAAUCAAUUGUUUGAUAUUAACAAUUUUUAAAAAGAAUCUUGCAUAUUUAGUUUGUAAUAAUAAUAUACAAAUAAAUAUGAUUAACAUAUUGUUAUUCAUUUAAAAACUGAAUUGAAAGAAAGGUUAAAAUUUAAUAGUACACUUAGUAUUAAAUUGAUGUAAAUGAAUUUAAGUUAUAAGUAAUUAUAGAUAGCAAUGAGAAUUAUAAUGAGUAUAAUUGAACAUAAUAAACUUAUCUAAUCUUAAGAUAAAAUAAUUAUUGAAUCUAUAAAAUAAGAAGCACCUCAAUUUCAAUUUACUUGGUGUGAAUCAGAAAUUAAUAAAAAUUAUUGUGAUUAGAUAGGAGAAAUCAAAACUGAUGAGAUGGAUAGUAAAUCAUUAAGUGAUGAAGCUACAAUUGAAUUUAAUGAUGAUUUUGAGUAAGCAUUAGAGAAAAGUUAUGUCAAUGAAGAUGAUACAGAAGUUUAGUUUGAAGAAUCUCAGAUUGAAGGUUUGAACUAAUCUGUAUUGAACUAAUCCAGUUUAGGAGAUUUAAAUCAAAGUACACUAAAACAAUCUAUAUUUUCAAUGUCUGUAUUUAAAGAAUUGAUUAAUGAUGAAGAUGAUAAAUAAGGGCUGGAAGAAUUGGAUGAUGGACAAUUAAUCUUUAAAAUGAAAAUUCAGAAAGUAAGAAUAAGAUUAUCAAGAAAUAAUAUAAUAGAUAAAUGGAGUGUAGAUAAUUUAAAAAAAACAAACUAUUAUGAAUUAGAAUUAGAUUAAAUUAAUUGGUUGAUGACUAAAGAAAUAGGUCAAUAAUUAAUUACAUCAGUCAAAUAAACAAAAAUUGAAAUUCCAAUUAUUUAGCUCUUUCAUUAUGAAUAUUGUAAUUUAGGGCCUGAAAAUAAAUUUCAAGAGUAAAAUAAGGAUGAGGAGAAUCAAGAAAUAUUUUAAAGUAUAAAUGAGAAUUUAAAUAACAAUUCUUAAAAUUUAGAAAAUCAAAUGUUUCAUUCUUGCUAUAGUUUAAGUUAAAAUGAUGUUUUAGAAAAGAUAGCUUAGAAAAAAAGUGAAUUCAUUAAAGAAUAAGGUAAUUACUUUUACAAAAAGAAAUGUUUGCUCUAAUUAUAUGAUGGCAUAAAAGAUUAAGAUGAUUAAAAUUUAAUCAUUAAAAUAGAUAAUCAAUUUAUAUACUCUUAUGAAAAGAUUAAAUCUUCAGGUAAUGGUUUAUAAUUUUAAUUACAUCAUUUAAAUAAUUCUCAAGCAAUAUCUAUUAAAUAGAUCGAUAUCAAUUUAAAUGUAGAUGAGAUACUUGAGUUAAUAGAAAUAUUUAAAUUUGAUCAUUAAAAGAAAUUAAUCAAAAGUAUCCCCAAUUUAAAUUUAAUAACAAUACAUCACCUUUAAUUUUAGAUUUAAAUUCAAGAAACAGAUUAUUUUGAGUUUUAUUAUUUGUAAUAGAUGAUUAAAAAUGAUCCUAAUACCAGCAGUGUCAUUCAUUAAUAAUAGAAAAUAUCAUAUUUUGUAUUUAAUGUUGUUGAUUUCUAAGUUUAAUAAUCUAGUUCUGGUUUUAUAACAUUCAAUUAAAUCGAAUGUUUAAAGACAGAAUAUGACAGAAUAAAAUAAAUGUUUAAUAAUGAGAUAAUUGCUAUAAUAGGAGCAUAGAAUUGUUUUUAAAUAUUAAUUAGACCAAUAAUAAAACUGAUAGAUACAUAAGAAAUACGAGUGGCAAUUCCUAAAAUUGAAAUUUUCAUUAAUAUGUUCUGUAUGGAGUAUAUAAAAACAUUGUUUACUGUUUUAAAUGAUUUUCAAAAAAGAUUAGAAGAAUUCAAUAAAAGUAAUAAGGAUAGUAAAUAAAUUAUUAAAUUACUCCUUGAUGAAAUUAUUAUUAAAAUUAAUGUGGAAUAAUAAUCUAAUACACAUUAAACAAGAUUUAUUUUACAUGCAUCUAAAUUGGCAGCAGAAAUGAUUGGCAAAGAUGAAAUUUUAUUAACUUUGUAUAAUUGUUUAGCUGUUGAUUUAGAUUGGAAUUGUAAAAAACAAAAAUAAGAGAUUCCUAUUUAUGGUAGUCCAAAUGAAACUAAAAUAAAAGAUUAGCCUAUUUAAAUAUUGCAUUUUAGAAAUCAAAAAUAUUAAGCAAAUCAAGUUUUAUUUUAUAAAUAAGAACGUUUUAAUAGAGAAGAAUUUAAGACUUUGGUAUAAAAUGAAAUAAUAAAAUCAGAACCUAAUAUGGCAUUUUAAUAUACAACUGUUAAAUUGAAGACUAAUAAAUACUUAAAUCCAGAUUGUUUAGAUGCUCUACAUGGAAAAACGAAUUUGAUUUCAUUAAAAAUUAAUAAAAAUUAAAAAAUUGAAAUUCAAUAUUAGCAUGGAAUUAUAUAAGUAGAUGAGUAAUGGAUUGAAACAAUAAUCACUAUUUUAGAUUUAGCCUAAAAAUGGGAAUAAAUUUUUAUUCCAAAAAAGACCAAUUUAUCUCAAAAUAAACCUAAACCUAUUUUCACUUUAACAAUUUAGAAUAUAUGGUUAAAUUAUUUACCAACAUAUAAAAAAUCUACUUUGUUAAAAUAGUAUUUAUAGAAAAAAGAGGCAAUUAAAUCAUUAAUUGCUAUAUAACCUGAAUAAUUAUAUUAUUCUUGGAUUCGAGUUUUAAUUAGAAUUAAGAGUGCAACUAUAUCAAGUGAUUUACAAGCUCACUUGAGUUCAGCAUAAAUUUAUGUUAAAAGUACAUCAAAAGAUAUCAAACAUGCUAAUUUGAGCUUUUUAAAUCCUAUUUUAUUGGUUCCUCCAAAAAAUGGACUUUUUGAUGAAAAUAGAAAAUUUUCAGAUGGAUUUUAAAUUGAUAAAGAUGAAUAAGGUUUGUUGAGACUUCUUUGUUUUUAAAAAUUAUUUAAAAUAAAAGGAAUAACAAUUUCAGGAAAAACAAUAAAUAUUGGUUAAGUAAUUGGAAAUUUAAAGAAAGAUUCAAUUAUCAGUUUAUGGGAUAUUACAUCAAUGACUUUAGAAAAGAUAAAAAAAUUCAUACCUGAAUAAGUAAAUGAAAAUUAAAUUUAACUUUUGCAAGAUGGUCAUCAGUACAAUCUAAAUGAAGAUUUAAAUAUUUUUGAAGAAGAUGAAAUUGAACUACCUAAAAAAGAUAACAUUCCUAAUGAGAAAUAAUUUGAAAUUAUUCUUAAGAAAUUUGAGAUAAAGUUAACUGUUGGUUAACAUUUUCCACCUGAAGUGUUUAGUGACACUAAUCCAAUAAAUACGGAAUGCUAAUAUCAUAAUUAAGAAUAAUAUUAUCUUGAACAUUCAAAUUAAUUAUAAUUAGAAGAGUUUCCAUAAACAAAUGAUUUAUAAUGUUAAUCUAUUAUCUUGAGUUUGAGAGAAUUGAAAUUAGUAUGUUGUGGACCAACAUAAAAAAACAUAAAUCAAUUUUAUUUAACAUUAUUACACUUCUAAAUAGCAGAUAGAAUAUAAAACUCUAAGUUUUCUAAAAUAAUAGGUAAAGAGCCUAGUCAUGAAGAAACAAACUUUGCAGAAGUCUUUUAUUAAUUAGAUAAAAUCAAUAACACAAUAGAUUUAGAAGCCAAGAUUGUUCCUAUAAGAGUUUGUGUUUCUGGAGCAGCUUUAGAAUUUUUAUUAGAUACAAUGAACAGUCGUCAAUAAUUAAAUCCAAAGGUUGAUAUGUUGAGUUAAUUAAAUGUAGCAAAUGAUAAAGAAUCAAUUAUUGAAUUUUGUGUACAGGAAGGUUAUUAAGUGACUUUUUAGAGUAUUCGUGAAAUAAGUACUUUUACAUAUAAAUAUAGAAAAAUAUAUAAAAGUGGGUUUUUUGAAUGUUGAGAGAUUAUAUUUUUAUAUAACAUUUGAUGGAAAUGGUGUAAAAACGGAUGGAAAAUUAAAAGGUUUAGUUAGAUUAACUUCUUAUGAUAGUUUAUUUAUUUUCUUGAAGAGAGCAUAAAUUCAAAAUUUAGUAUUUGAGAAUGAAAGAGAGUUCAUAAAAUUUAUGUUUGAAUAAUACUAGCAUCUCAUAAGAAAUGAUUCAUAAUUAAUUUAAAAAUUGAUUACUUCCUUUAAAGCUUUCUAAAAUAUUACAAAUAUUGUAUUGGGGUAUUAAUAAUAAUAUUAUUAUACAGAAUUUAAACUAUGUUUAUGACUAUCUUUAAGUAAGGAAUAGUAGCAGGAGUGUGUUCAGGAUCAAUACCUUUAGCAAAAGCAUUAGGAGAUGAGAUUGUUUAUUUGGCUAAAAAACCAAUAGAAGUUUGUAGUACAAUGAGUGAGGGAAUUGGAUUUAAAAUGGCAAAUGUUGUUUUAAAUCCUAUUGAAAGAGUAUUAGAUUAAUUUUCGACAUUGGUAUUAAUCUAUAUCAUUAUUAGACUACAAGUGACAAAAUUCCUAAAGAGUUUCUGAAAAAAAAUAAUUUAGAUUAAAUUAAUGAAUGA